AGUUCUCACCUCCUUGGACAUUCCCCAUUCUCCUUUCUCCAUCCAGCAGCAACCACCCCUGUACACGCGUUGAAGCUCAAGGCAGCAGCAGCAGUGGCAGAAGGAACUGCAGCAGCAGCUGCAGAAGCCCCGUCUCGCCCCACUAACGCCACGUUGCGAUCACUUGUGCACUCUACUGGAACUCAAGUGAGCAGGGAUGCUAGCAGUGAUUGCUGCAGCGAUGGCUGCACUGGCAGCAGCGGUCACAGCUGCAGCGGGGGCACCAGCAUUAAGGUGACGACCUUUUAUCACAGAAUACAUGUUGGCUCGACUCACCAGCGCUCCAUGUAGGAGUGAUGGCGGCAGUGGCAGCGGCAGUUGCAGCGGCAGCAGGAGUCAUGGAUGUAGUGGCAACGGCUGCGGUGUUGGGGGCAGCAGCAGCGCUGGCAGAAGGAGCGACACACUGCCAUCCCUGCGGACCCUAGGGAGUUCGAGCCAACAGCAGUGGCCGUAUCAUCAGAGCCGAUGGGCAGUAGCAUCAGCAACCGGAGUCAUGGCACCGGGGACAACUGCAGCUGUGUCAGCAGGAGCACCAGCAGCAGUGACAAGAACAUGCAGCAGAAUUAUGGUGCCUCCACGUGGAGCUGAAGACAGCAGCAGUGGUGAUAAACGGGUGGCAGCUGUGGUGGCAGCUGAACAAGCGGCAGCACAGAGGCCGGCAGCAAGGGCAGCAGAAGCGCCAGCGGUGGAAGCACAAGUUUGCAAGCUCAGCUGUCAUUCGCCGAGAGAAGACGCGAUGUGGUUGACUGCUGUACCAUCAAUUCCUUCUAAUUAGCGAGGGGGUUGGGCAUUUCAUGCUUAGGUUCACGGCUGGUAACCCCAGCACGUGUCUCUGGUUGGUAGUAACCCCGGCGUGUCUCUCUGGCUGGUAACCCCAGCGUGUCUCUCUGGCUGGUAAGCAGGGUUAUCUUUUGGAAAAAAACGUGUCUGAGGAAUCAGACAAGGUUCACGCACUUUGUCUGAUGCACUUUUCCAUAUCAGGUAAGUAUGAAAAAGCU